AUGUGGAAAGAUUUCUCUGGGAGUUGGGGGUCGGCGAAUUUCGGGAGGAGGAUGGUGACGACCGAGAAGGGGCAUGUUGGGAUGGCGCUCGAGCUGAGUAGACGGGGAGACCUGGUGUGUCUGUUGUUUGGGUGUCGGAUGCCGGUGGUGCUGAGACCUGAGGGAGAAUACUUCAGAUUCAUGGGGGAAUGUUAUGUGCACGGCCUGAUGUUUGGGGAAGGCAUAGAAGCAUUUGAGCGUGGCGAAUAUCAAAUGGAGAAGUUCGAAUUGGUCUAG